AUGAUUAAGAAAGAGAGACAAAGUAUUUUAAGCAAAUGUUUAGAGUAUGUUUUCUGCUGUGGUAAGAGUACUAAGAGGGAAGAUACUGUACCACCUAUUGUAGAAAAUGAUAUUAACCCAAAGAAGACAGACCAUAAUGAACAAAAAAAAGUUCAUCAGUGUCUGAGUUAUUCAAUAACAUUCCAAAUCAUUUUCAGCAUUAUUUAUAUUUUACAAUGGCUAGUAUUUUUAUGGAUAUGA